AUGGCAUUGGCAGACAAAAGACCUCUUGGCGUCCCAGUUACUUCACACGCUUCAGCGUAUCCGAUGAAGUCGACCAUCCCAGAUUUAAAGGGCGUUGAGACGGCAGAGCAGGAGGUGACCCGCCGUGGCUCCGUUAGUCCAGACGGGGACCUUCUGCCCACAUCCCGCCUGAUUCUGCCUGACUCGUUGAUGCAGCAGAAGAAGCUGCUGACUCUGCUGUUCAGCUCCCGUGAUUCCACGCCCCAGCCGUCGUACUACAGUGCAAACGGCGGUGUUUUCAAAAAAGUGAAAGUGCCCAGCAGGGUGCCCAUUGCUACGGGGAUCCUGACCACCAUUCCGGUGACUGGUGAAAAACCGAAACCGCAGCAGGAAGGCGACGCUUCGCUAGAAGACGACGUGCUCUAUGCUAUUUUUCUUAUUUUGUACGAAAAGGACCCUGCUGGCGCCGGCAUGACGGUGAAGCAGAUUUGCGAUGUGCUUGUGGAGAGACAUCCCGAGAUGGCCCAGUUGCUGUCGAAAACGUCCAACUUGGUGAGUGCCAAAUUGAAUGCUUACGUGAAAAGAGUGGAAAAGGGCGACUCCAACUUACGCUACGCUCUUUCCCGUGAGUGGGCCGAUGCUUCUCCAAAACGUAUGGUGUAUGUGUACCGAGGCCUCUUGGCGAAAAACUUCCAUGUCAACCUCCCCACGCCCGGCACCCAGCCCAAUUCCGUGGUCAAGCCGCCUGUUUCCGACAGCCUUGAAGCGGUGAAGCAGCUGGCGAUGCUGAAGCCUCGGCGGUCCACCAUGUUCGAUUUGGGCGUUUCCAGACCAGCCUUUGUUGAAAGCCCCAUCGACCGGUCCAACUUGUUCGUGCCGUAUGCGCUGGCGCCCGUGGCGGCCUCUUUGACCGAAGUCAAGCUGGAGGAGCCUCGGAAGCAGCAGGAACAGGUGGUUGCAAAAAAGAGCGAUGCCCUCGAAAAUGCAGCCAAGAAGGACGACGAUUUCGACUUUGACGACUUGGAGGUUUUCGACGAGGCCGACGACGACGACGACGAGAUCGAUUUCGGCGACGUGCUCAAGAAAAACGGCAAACGCUCCAAGUCCAUGUCGUACCUUAGCUCGAACAAAAAGGCCAAAUUCUUAACCGCUGCUGCUGCCGCUCCUAGAGCGUCAAAAGCUCCUUGUUCUCCUAGCCCCAACGCUGCCGCCGCUGCUGCUGCCCUCCAUGCUGCUGCGUUGAAAGCUAUUGCUGCUGCAAACUCAACCUCCUCCUCGCUGGCCUCCUCCUUGGCCUCUUCUUCAGGCACCUCGCCAGCGUCCCUGGUUGCUCCUGAAGCUACAGCAUCUCCAAAGACCAAGGACUGGCAGCACGCUGUUCGCCUGGGCUUUUUGAACCAGGAGAUUGGCGCUCCCGAGGAUAUCAGCUUGUCGGACUUGGACAAGUUGUUUAGUUAG